AUGUCAGAAGAACCUACUCUUAAAAAACAAAAAAGACAAACACCAUUAAUCCUAAGUGCUUCAACAAGAGCAACAGCCAUCAAUUGGAAAGACCCUGAAGAUACAUCUCGUGAAUUCUCUAGUUCAAUAGAACCAUGGAUCAAACUAGCUAAAUUAGCAGAAUCUGGUAAAUUUCAUUCAAUUUUCUUCAUUGAUCAUUUAUCUUGGUUUGAUGUUUAUGGAUCAUCUCAUGAAUCAAGUGCUAGAACUGGUAUUAACGUUUCUAGAAUAGAUCCAACUGCUGCCUUAAGUGCCCUAAGUCUUGUGACUGAUAAUAUUGGAUUUGGUGUAACUGUUAGUUCUGUUAGUGAACAUCCUUAUCAUUUUGCAAGAAGGUUAUCUUCAUUAGAUAUCUUGACUAAUGGUCGUGUUGGUUGGAAUAUUGUUGCUUCUUAUUUACCAAGUGUUGGUCCAAGUUUAUUGAAUGGUGAACCAUUACCUGAACAUGAUGAAAGAUAUAAUAAGACUCAAGAAUUUACUGAUGCUGUUUAUUCAUUAUUAUUAUCAUCAUGGAGAGAUGAUGCAUUAGUUUAUGAUAAGAUUAAUAAGAUUUAUGCAAAUCCAGAUGCUAUUAGACCAAUUGAUCAUAAAGGUCAAUAUUAUAAUAUUCAAGCUCCACAUAUUACAGAACCUACAAGACAAAGAUUCCCAUUAAUUAUUCAAGCUGGUAGUUCUCCAAGAGGGAAAUUAUUUGCCGCUGAAAAUGCAGAAUUGAUUUAUAUUCAUAAUACAGCAAAGACUCAUGAUGAUAUUGCAGAUAUUAGACAUGCAGCACAAAAAUAUUUUGGUAGAGAUCCAUCAUCUUUAAAAUUUAUAAUUUCUGUUACUGUAUAUGUUGAUAAGACUCAUGAAGAUGCCUUGAAACAAGAACAAUUAGUUAAAGAUUUACAAGAUGAAGAAAGUGCAUUUGUUUAUUUUGGUGGGAAAUCUAAUAUUGAUGUUAAACCAUUUGAAUAUGAUGAACCUAUUACUUUCAAGGGGAAAGUUAAUGGAGUUUCAGAAACUGCAGAUAAUUUAACAAAUUCAGAUAAAUCAAAACCAAAUAAUUCCAAAAGACAAUUAUAUGAAACUCAAUUACGUAAAAAAUCAAAAUAUGUUGGUACAGCAUCUGAAGUUGCAGAUUUAUUAGAAGAAGCUAUUAAAGAAACAGGUGCAGAUGGAUUAAAUUUCCAACAAACUUCAUUCCCAUCAGGUUUAGAACAAAUUGUGGAAUUAUUGAUUCCAGAAUUACAAAAAAGAGGAUUAGCACAAACUGAAUAUACUUCACAAAAGGGAACAUUUAGAGAAAAUUUCUUUGGUAAUAAAGGUCAAACAUUUGUCUCGAAGGAUCAUCCUGUUCAUGAUUUAAGAUGGGAAUCUGGGGUUUCCAAGGAAGAAUUUGAAGAAAGAUUAUCCAAGACUAUUGAGAUUAGAAAUGAAAGAAGAAAAACAGCUCUUGAAACUUUAGAGAAAUAA